AUGGACGAGGACGGCGGCGCAUCACCGGAACUCGGCGACCGGGCGACCAGUGACGUGACCGUCCGGCUGAAGAACAGGGAGGGGAGGCCCGAGUGGUACCACUGCCACGCCGUGGUCCUCUCGAGGAGGAGCAGGUUCUUCGCGGAGCGGCUCUCUGUCGGCGCCACCCCCCGCCUGAGCCUCAGCUCCGCUGCCUGCGUGGAGAUCCCCAACAGCGGCGCUGACUACGAUCACCAUGUGAGGCUGCUGAAGCUCCUCUACCGGAGCGAGGACCCGCCUUGGGAGUCGUGGGGCUCCGUUGCGACGGCGCUGGGAGUUCUUCGCGCCGCCGUUACCCUCGGCUGCGACUGCGUCGCUCGGAGCUGCGUCCAGUACCUGGAGGCCAUGCCGUGGGAGGAGAAGGAGGAGGAGGAGAUUCUGAGUACGGUGAAGGAUAUGGGCCCUGCGGCGGCGCCCAUCCUCGCCCGGAUCCAGCCCGUUGACCACAGCGCCGCCAAGGAGGUUCUCAUCGCCGCCAUCCACUUCGCCGCCGCCGCCCCCACCGAGGGGACGAACGAGUUGAAGAUCUCAGCUCAGGAGCAGGUGGAGUACAUGCUCACGGAGGACGACGAGGCGCCGCUGCUGACGGCGGACGACGACGUGAAGACCGAGGUGAGGGGCGACCUGGGCAGGAUGUUCUCCGCCCUCGCGGCGGCGAUGGUUUCCCUACCUGCGGCGGCGGAGGAGGAGCGGAGGGUUCUGCAGGCCCUGUCGGACCUGGAGUGGCUCUGCGGCAUCCUCCCCAAGAUGGACCUGAUGAAGGACUUCGUCUCCCACUGGGUCCGAUCCUCCGACGACCUCCUUGGCGAGAUACAGAGCGAGAGGCUCUGCUCCGGCUUCUGGGCGGUGAAGGCGAAGAUGGUGGAGCUGGCCGGCAAGGCUCUGGAGGCGGUGGGCUACGGCUCCGUUGUCCUCCCUGCUCCGGCGAGGGUCCGGCUUCUGAAGGGUUGGCUGCCCUUCCUGAGGAAGACGAAGGCGGCGCUGGACUCCCCGGCGGUGGGAGAGGAGAACUCCGUUCAGGGGCUCGACAGCGAGCUUUGCCAGACCAUCGAGGGCGCGGUCGUCUCCAUGGUGCUCGCCCUCCCCUCCAACGACCAGGCCGAAAUUCUGACCGACUGGAUGACCACCGGGCAGGUCAACUUCCCCGACCUCAGCGAGGCCUUCGAGGUCUGGUGUUACAGAGCCAAGGCCGCCAAGAGGAGACUCGCCGUUGGGGUCGACGGCGCCGCCAAUCCGACGGUCAGCCUUUGA